AUGUAUCGGGGAUCCUUCGCACCGCCGCCCGCGCAGUCGCCGCCUCUUCACCACCCCGUCCCGCAGCAUGUUUCGACCGUCCCGAUGAUGCGCUCUCCACCACCUCCUUCUCAACAGACACCGAAUGCCGGAUAUAGUGGUACUGGGGGAGGUAACCCCUACCAGCCAUCUCCUGCACAAGGCAGUAGUGGGACAUAUGCGCCUGGAUUUGGUGGAUUCAUGACCGAUCCCACUGCGCAGAUGGGGUUUCAGGUCGGCAAGAGUGCCAUGAUGGCUGGACAGGAAUACAUGGAGCAGAACUUCAACCGCUACGUCUCUAUCCCUGCACUGAAGCACUACUUUAAUGUCUCCAACUCCUAUGUCCUCAGCAAGAUCGCCCUUGUCCUCUUCCCUUGGCGACAUAAGCCCUGGUCUCGCCAGCAGGCUCGAAUGGCGGCGAACGCUACCGGUCCGAAUGGACAAAUUGUCCAGCAGCAGUACUCCUCCAUGUUCCUGCCUCCGCGGGAUGACCUCAACUCGCCGGACAUGUACAUCCCCGUCAUGGCUUUGGUCACAUACAUUCUCCUCUCAGUAUUGCUGGCCGGGUUCCGAGGCAACUUCCACCCAGAGCUUCUGGGGUCGAUCACCACCACGGCCAUUGCCGUGAUCAUUUUCGAGAUUCUGUGUCUGAAGAUGGCCAUGUACAUCCUGACCAUCAACAACGACUCGCAGCUACUGGACUUGGUUGCGUACUCGGGCUACAAAUUUGUGGGCAUUAUUGUUACCCUAGUGGCUUCCGAAAUCUUCACUCCGGGACGAGGCACUGGUGGUUGGGUUGGCUGGACCGUCUUUGUGUAUACAUUUUUGGCGAAUGCGUUCUUCUUGCUCCGCUCAUUGAAAUAUGUCCUGCUUCCCGACUCGACUGACUCCUCUAUGCGAGCUGGUGCGAUGCACACUGUCGCUCGGUCUCAGCGCAACCGCCGCACUCAGUUCCUAUUUGUCUACUCAUACAUCAUCCAAUUUGUAUUCAUGUGGGUGCUCAGUCGUGAGGGCCCGUCUUCAGUGGCUGCGAAUGCCAGCUCAUGA